GUAAGUACAUGAAAGCCAUAGUCAACCAGCCGACGCACUCUUUGUUUAGAAGGUAACUUCGAUUGGCCACACAGCAUUUAAAGAAAUAAAUCUGAGAUAUAAGAAAAUCAGGUCAAUGCCGAAAAUUUCUCGUAAUUAAAUACGGUGGUUAAGAAACGAGAUCGAAGAAAAUAAAGACGUAUGGAUUUUUUCCCAGAUCUGCACUGCAAUUGAAUUGGAGAAACCCUGCCUAUCUCUUCCAAUUCUCGCUUCCUUUUUUUCCAUGAGAUCUCCUUCAAUCCAGCGAUCUUCUGGGUAAUGCUCCCGCAGCAGAUUGCAGGAAUCCUAGUUCCAGCAACCUCAGCAGCAGGCCGACAUCCUAAUCGCAGAUCUUCGCCGGAGGGAGAGCGCAAGGAGCCAAUCUCCAUUUGUCGAAGGAAGCGAGAGGAUGAGCGGUAAGCUGAUCUCGCAGGGUCCGGCGGUCACCGGCCGGCUGUUCACUGCUGGAUUGGUGAUCUCUUGGUACUCGUCCAACAUUGGCGUGCUGUUGUUAAACAAGUACUUGCUGAGCAACUAUGGCUUCAAGUACCCGAUCUUCCUCACCAUGUGCCACAUGACGGCUUGCUCGCUGCUCAGCUACGCGGCGAUCGCUUGGAUGAGGAUUGUCCCGAUGCAGGCUGUGCGUUCGCGGUUGCAGUUUGUUAAGAUCGCUGCGCUUAGCUUUAUUUUCUGUGGAUCCGUGGUAAGCGGCAACAUCUCGCUAAGGUACCUUCCGGUUUCCUUCAACCAGGCCGUGGGCGCCACCACGCCCUUCUUCACCGCGGUUUUCGCUUACAUUGUAACCGUGAAGCGUGAGGCUUGGAUCACCUACGUCACGCUGAUACCGGUUGUCACUGGUGUCAUCAUAGCUAGUGGGGGAGAGCCUAGUUUUCACUUAUUUGGAUUUAUUAUGUGUGUUGGUGCAACUGCUGCAAGAGCAUUGAAGUCAGUGUUACAAGGGAUUUUAUUGUCCUCUGAAGGGGAGAAGCUUAAUUCGAUGAAUCUCCUUCUAUACAUGGCUCCUAUUGCAGUUGUAUUCUUACUUCCUGCUACACUUAUCAUGGAGAAGAAUGUGCUUGGCAUAACCAUUGCACUUGCUAGAGAAGAUGUUAAAAUUGUUUGGUAUCUCUUGUUUAAUUCCUCUUUAGCAUACUUUGUGAACCUGACUAACUUCUUAGUCACCAAGCAUACUAGUGCUUUGACUCUCCAGGUUCUCGGGAACGCAAAAGGUGCCGUAGCCGUUGUUAUUUCAAUCCUACUAUUCAGGAACCCCGUUUCGGUGACAGGGAUGCUGGGAUAUAGCCUCACUGUUAUCGGAGUAGUUCUCUACAGUGAGGCAAAGAAGCGCAGCAAAUGAGCAGCUUAACGGGAGGAGCCUGGAGAAGUUUUACUGUAUCAACAUCAGAGAGAUUGGUAAUCCUUUGUCUGCUUUCAGAUAUUCUUUUCCUUCACCCAUAAAGGUUAUUUGUCCAAUUCUUUGAGAUAGAAAUAGUCAUUCGCCCUUAAAAAAAUAGUUAUUUGGCUUAGACAGAAUUCAGUUCUAUAUUACGAUACACAUUAAUUGUCUUAUGAUGUCAGAGACUUUAUUUUGUUGUUUUUGAAUAUUCUGUUAAACACAGCUUAUACAGAAAUGUUAAAGAGGAGAGGUGCUUCCUUGCUCCAUUUUUUAA